CAUUGUCAGCCUCAGCCACGGUUCCGAGUUUCUAUCUUACAGUCUUGGAUAGAUAGUUAAUUCUUUCGCGUAGGUUCUUCUUGUCGGUUUAUCGUGGUCUAUUUUAUUUAAAUAAUAUACGAACAAGCGGAAUUUCAUCAAGGACAUGGGACGUCGAAGGUCUAAAAGGAAACCACCAGCGAAGAAAAAAUUGACUGAAAGUCUUGAAACACAUUUCACCUGUCCUUUCUGCAAUCACGAACGUGCUUGUGAAGUUAAAAUGGACCGUGCUCGGAACACAGGAAUGGUGUCGUGUACUGUUUGCAUGGAGGAAUUUCAAACAACAAUAAAUUAUCUUUCAGAAGCGAUUGAUGUCUAUAGCGACUGGAUUGAUGCAUGCGAAGCUGCGAAUCAAUAGAAUUUGGAGAUUUAUUUAUAUUUUUGUAAAAGAGUGCAACCAAGAUGCUGGAUGUUUUAAAUCAUUAUAUAGACUGGUGUUUAUCUAGUAGUUUAGAGAAAGAUGCAUCGAUUCAGUGAAAUGCAAUUGAAUUUAGGCCCAAUGUAAUUAGGAAAUACAACAAAUUAGAACCAAGACGUAGGGCGCCAAUCUAACAAUGCUUCCUACAUGCUACAAAAUCCAUUGCAUUUUAUAUUUGUUUUGUGUGUAGUGUAGGGCAAAAUUACUCAUCAGAUAUAUCUUAUCAGGCCACAGAUUUCAAUCCCCAGUAUGUACUGAAUUUUACUUGGGAAUUUUUUUUUUAAUUAUUUCGUAUUUUUAUGAAAUUAAUGAUUUGUGUUUUAUUGAUGCAUGAACUUGGGCAUGUUUUGAUUGAGUUGUCCAACUGACUAUCUGGUGUGGUGAUCACCAUUAUUGGUUUGAAGACUAUUGGUGUGACAAUUCUGCUGUGUUAUGGUUGAAUUUUAUCUGUUUAGUCUGGGCAUCUGACAAAAAGGCACAUCUGGAUAUUCAGUUCUUCUGUGCUUCCUAUCAAGUAAAGUCUAAUUUUUCAAAAAAUUUCCAUAAACUGGUUUUCAGUUGAAUUCGCAAAAUAAGUUUAGUCAUGAGGAACAAUAUCAACUCUGUUUUACAAUUAUUUUGAAGUCCUAUUCCUUACCUUAUUGUCCGUGUUUUUUAAUAAAAUAAUAAGAGAAGUAUCUGGA